AUGUCUUCUCAGACACCCCGUCAGAGACCCGGACUCGCGCGCCAUACCUACUCGACCAACGGCUCUUCACCUGCGAACAACAACUUUGGUUCCAGCACGUCAGUCAAUCGAAAAGCGAGUUACCAGGCUUUGACAGGACAACCGUCGCCGGAUCCGCGCACGCCUGCUGCGAAGAUGGGUGGUGAUCUGGAGGUGGGAGAUGCGGUCAAUGUGCCGGGAGAGAUGUACGGGGUGGUGAAGUUCGUGGGCAGUGUAAGAGGGAAAAAUGGGUUGUUUGUUGGUGUCGAGUUGGAUGAAGGGUUCGCGGGCAAGGGCAAGAACAGUGGGGAUGUUGAUGGUGUGCAGUACUUCGACACCUUCAUACCCGGCGCAGGUAUCUUUCUGCCCAUUCACCGCGCGGCAAAACGAUAUACUCCAGCAGUAUCUGAGAAUGGCUACGGAGCUAACGCUUCGCCGAACACACCCACCUACAGCACUGUCAACGGCAAGCGAAACCACGGCACGCCGCCUACCCCUUCCAUCCCGGCGCAUAAAUUCUCGCAGACUGUCGGCCCCGGCGUACGACCAUCGAGUCCCAACUUCAAGCCAAAAUCACGUCCUUCGCUACCUCGACCCGAGUCUCCCUUCCGCAAGCAAGCGCCUGCUCUCGCACCCACACCGGCUCGCAACCUCUCACAGAGCACGCGUGGCACAAGGCCAGGAUUGACACCUAGCAAGACGCCCAACUUUCGAGCCUCCUCCAACACGCGAACAACAUCCACGAACUCUGUCGCAUCGCAUACGCCUCGCCCGUACUCCCGCACUGGCUCGCGGCUCGGCCAUCGCGGCGGGCUUCAUGAGUCCGUUAUGGAGGAAGAUCUAACGCCGACUGCCAUUACGACCAAUUCGCGGACUACAAGCCAAGGGUCGGUACCAUCUUUCUCACAACCACUGCGUUCGCCUUCGCGACUCGGAAGCGCAGGCGGCAGUCAAGAGCAGGAACUCCAGCGCCUGAGAAUGCAACUCCAAGAACGCGACAGACGACUUGAAGAGCAAGCAGCAAGCCUCGCGGAAAUGGAAACAAGUGUGAAAGAGCUCUCGGCCCUACUACCCGCCGACGGUCAAAGCAGUCCCGGCAAAACCAACUUUACAGCCGAUGAUGACGAAGAAGACGGCCAAGGCCAAUCAGCUACGCAGCUACGCCAAAUGUUGCGCGAGAAGAACGAAAAGAUCUCCAUGCUUACCGCAGAGUUCGACGCCCACCGCGCAGACUUCAGAAGCACGCUCGAUAGUCUCGAGAUGGCGAGCACAGAGACCGAGCGUGUGUACGAAGAGCAGAAGCGGGAUUUACUCGCGCAGCUGGAUGCGCUGCAGGAGAUCAAGGAGCACCAGGAGGAUUUCGAGGGCGUAGCGGCGCAGCUUAAGCAGCUUGAGGAUCUUGUCGCGGAGCUCGAGGAAGGGCUGGAGGAGAGUCGGCGCGGUGAGGCGGAGGCGAGAGGGGAGGUGGAGUUUUUGAGAGGAGAGGUUGAGAGGGGUCGGAGCGAGUUGAAGCGCGAGCGGGAUAAGGCUGCUGGGAGCGCGGGUGGGGGUGUGAGUUCGAGAGAGCUGGAGGCGAAGGAGGAUGAGAUCAGGGGGUUGAAGGCUAUUAUUCAUCGGCUGAGCGAGGGGUCGCACGGCGCGGCUGCUGCGGUGAAUGGUGCAGGGACGGAAGAGCUGAGCGCGGCGUUGGAAGAGAGUCAGCGGGAGAAAGAGGCGCUGGAGCAGGAGAUCGAGGCGCUGAGACGGGAUGUAGCGGCGAGGAAUGGGAACGGCCAUGCCAGGAACGAAAGCGAUCGCACGGCCACCGCAUCACCCGAGAAGGACCGCGCCGGCUUCAGCAGAACACGCAGCGACACCAUCAAAGCGGCCGCCAAACUCCCCGAUCGCAGCCGGCCUUCGCCAGCCAACGGCGCUGAUGCGGCAAGCACGACGUUCUGCGAGAUGUGCGCUUCCUCCUCGCACGACACGCUGGAUUGCACGCAGUUCCAGAACGGUAGCGCGAGCAACGUCAAAGGUGCGGUCGAGGAGCCCUAUAGUCCUGGCAAAGAGAACGAACACGCGAAUCUCAAUGGUGCUGGUGGGAAGGGCGUGGGACAGGAUGAGGAGAAGUGGUGUGCGCUGUGUGAGAAGGAUGGACAUCUGGCGUUUGAUUGUCCGGAGGAGCAGUAUUAG